UGUAAUCUGGCAUCAUUAAAGUGCUAAAGUGACGAAAAAUUACAAAGUUUUAAGAUAUUUAAGAAUAUUUGCUAAAUAAACAAAAAAUAGUGAGUCAUAUUGACUGAGAACUGCACAUAAUGGUGUACAUACACUUUCCAAACAAUCUAACUGAAGAGGAGCAUAUGCUGCAAGCGAAAUAUCAAAAACUGAAGAAAAAGAAAAAAGCUUUACAAGCCCACAAAGCGCCCAAACAAGAGCCGGAAAGCGCCCUGACAUUGAAGCGACCCACGGAUGCGCGUGAUGCACGGGAAGUGGCACGCAAGCUAAUCAAAAGCGGCGCUAUUCCCGCCAUACAAAAGCAACAGACCAAGCAGGACCAGACCUCAUUUAAGCGCCCCAAGGGCCAGGAGCGCGCCAAACGCUCCACCUCAGAGACAAGCGUUGCUGCGUACCAGCCAUUCUCGUCCACACAGAACGAUGUGGCACAGGAAACCAUAAUCAGUGAAAUCAUAAAAGAGGAGCCACGCCGCCAGAAUUUGUAUCAGCACUUUGCGACGGAACGUGACCGCGAAGAACGUGGGCUGACAGAGAAGGUGACGCUAGAUACCACACAGCCGGAGAAACCUCGCGCUGGCAACACGAUUUUCGUGUCGGGCAACAAGGUUACGGAGGAUUUCCUCAAGAAAACGUUCAAUGAUUACGGCACCAUAGUCAACGUUUCGAUGGAGAUCGAAAAGAGCCGAGGCUUUGUUUCGUUCGCCAAGCCGGAAUCAGCAGAUCGAGCUAUUGCCGAAAUGCACGGCAAGAGCGUCACUGGCAUUGUCCUGCAAGUGCAGCUGGCACGUCGCCAGCCGCAAAUUGAACCAAUUAACGAUGCGUCGUCCUCAGCGGUUUGGUCCUCUAUUGCGGCCAGCAAAUCGCAGAAGGGCAGUCACAAAGAUCUGCGCCAAAUGGUUCAAUAUAAUGAUGAUUUCUUGAUGUAAACCCAUUUAGAUUAGUCGCAUGCGUAUUUAAGUAACUUUUGCCUCAUCAUUUCUAUCAUUUCACUUUACAAUUAGGUAAGUCGUAAGUUCAUUUACCCAUUCAUAAAACAAAUAUGUUUAAAUAGUUUCUUGCUUUAUUGAAAAUACGCGUCUAUAAGUAUAUAUAAUGUACUUACAUAAGUUCACACUGUUGCUAAGUACUCGCGGUUCAAAAUUAUUACUUCUAAAUCAAAGAAAACGUGCUUUUAUGAAUUCAUGACAAGUUAAACGAUUCAUCUUUUAUAUAUUUUACCUAAAAUCAGGUUUAAAUAAAAAACCAACAAUCGAUUUUUUAAGCAUUGAACAA